AUGGUGAAAUAUCUUCUUACUGGUGUAACUGGGCGUUUGGGUUCACAUGUUUUAAAACAUUUUCUUCGUCUUGUACCACCAUCUGACAUUGCAGUUGUUGUUCGUGAUCCAUCAAAACUUUCAUCAGAGAUCAAUUCAUCUGGUAUCGAAAUACGUCAAGGAGAUUUUAGUAAACCAGAACUUUUAGACGCUGCAUUUAAAGAUACAGAAAAAUUAUUAAUUAUUUCCGUACCAAGCAUCGAACAUGAAUUUCGUGUUAAAAAUCAUGUAAAUGCAAUUGAUGCAGCAAAACGAGCUCAUGUUAAACAUGUUUAUUAUACUUCACUUAUGUUUGGUACUGACAUUCAAGGACAUCUCAUCGAUAGUGUUGCUCAUGUAAUGCAAGCUCAUCUUGAUACAGAAGUAUAUCUUGCAAAAAGUGGAUUAACUUAUACAAUAUUACGAGAAGGUCUUUAUUCGGAAAGUUAUUCUCUUUAUACUGGAUUUUUUGAUCAUACGAAAGACAAUGAAGUAUGUGUUCCUGGCGAUGGUCCUGUUGCUUGGGUGUGUAUUGAUGAUCUUGGUGAAGGAACUGCUAAACUAAUGAUUAACGGUGGUCACGAACAAGAAACUGUUCUUUUAACUGGUUCGACAUCGAUCUCUAUUUCAUCGGUUACUGAUAUAUUUGCCAAGAUUCUUCAUCGACCUAUCAACUUUCGACUUGUUUCUGUUGAUGAAUAUAUUGAAUUUCAUAAACGACGUGGUACAGCACCACCUUAUCCUACUGGUGAAGAAGAUUUUUUAAGAAAAUGGGCAACAACUUUCAAAGCUCUGGAAAAAGGUGAAUCAGCUGUUGUUGAUCUUCUUUUACAACAAGUACUCGGCAGAAAUUUGGUACCUUUAGAAGAUACUUUAACUAAAUUAUUUAAUUCCAAACAAACUUCGUAA